ACGUAAUAUAAUAUCAUAUAAUAUAACAGUGUUCUUUAUAUUACAAUCUUAUACUAUAAUUUGUCCCAGAUAUUUCCUUUUUCCUCAUUUCCUUAUUUCCUUAUUUCCUUAUUUCCUUAUUUCCUCGAUUUCUUGUCUCCUUGAUUACCUUUUAAUUUCUUUUUACUUUCCUUAGCUACUGUUUAGCUUAUAAUGAGUUACUCCCCAAAUAGCUUUAAAACAGCAUCCUUUGAAAGUUUAAACAGAUCAACUUCUUCUUUUACAAACACCUCAUAUACAAACAAUAACAGCAAUAAUAGCAAUAACAAUAGCAAUAGCAAUAACACCAACACCAACACUAACAAUAAUAAUCCUAUUCAAAAAAUGAAUUCAAAAAGAAAGAAAAAUUUAGAAAUUUUAUUAAAUGAUGACCUGAUCAAAACUGAAAUUGAUCUUGAAUUAAAAAAACAAAAGCAAUUAAAUCAACUCAACAACAACAACAUCUCCCCAAAUACUUCUUAUACUGCUAAUUUCUACGAUAAUUCAAAUGCCAAUUCAAAUUCAAAUUCAAAUUCAAAUCCAAAUCCAAAUUCCUAUUCAGUUACAAACUCCCCAAUAGUUAACAGCUUUCUUCAAAACCUCUCGUCAAAUCCAAACCAACUUUCCAGCUCCUCUUCUAACAAUAACAAUUAUACAAACUACAGCCCUUCAGUCACCUCUUCUCCAAAAAUUUCUGCAAAUUCAAGAGUAAGAGCCUUGCAAGAAAAGAUAAAGAAAGACUUGGAUUUAAAGGAUACCCCAAACCCUUCAAAAUUCUCUUUACCAAAUAGAUCCUAUUUAUCAAGAUCAAACUCUUCAAAUUCUGUUAAAAAUUUGGCAAAAGAUUUCAAUAAUUCUUCAAAUUUAAACUUAUCCUCAAUUAACUCUAUCAACAACAUCAAUCCAGUUAAUAACAUUUACAAUUCCCCAGUUUUUUCAAACUCUUCUUCAAAUUUAAAUUCUCCCUACACAACAGAUAUCAAUAACGAAGAUUUAGAAAUCCCAAGAAGAAGCUCUUCAAGAAUCAAAAAAAAUCCUCCUCCAAUUAUAGUACUUCCAGAGAAUGAAGACCUUCCCAAAAGAUCCUCCUCAAGAAGCCAAACUUCUUCAUCCUCAUCUUCCUCAAUCAAGUCCCAACCUCAAUCUCUAUCUCAUUCACAAUCUCAAUCUCAAUUGCAAUCCCAUUCACAAUCACAGUCUCAAUCACAGUUCCAAUCGUUAUCCCAACCCCAACCACCCCAUUCACCUUUAUUCGAGGUCGACGAAAUCCCAACUACUCCAACAUCAAUUUAUAGUAACGAUAAUAUCUCAACAAAUUCUUUAAAUUAUUCCGUAACUUCAUCUGGUAAAAAACUAAUAAAACCAAGAUUUAAAGUCACUGUCAAAAAAUCAGCUUCAGUCAUAAAAUCUUCAAUCCGCAAAAGUAAAUCAAAUUUAUCGAGUCCAAAUUCUUUAUCUGAAAAUUCAAGUAUCCCAGUUGAUAAUACCCCAACUUCUUCAGAAAUUGCUGCAAAAACCUUAAGAACUCUUCAAGCAAAGGAUAAAGAAAUUAACAACAGAAUUAAAAAAUUCAAGUCCGAAGUCGAUUUCAUUGAUAAAUCUUUACCUCCUUAUUCAUGUUCUCAAGAUUUUAAUGACCAAAAAAAACUACUAAUAGCAAAAGAAAAAUUAUUAAAAAAUUUAGAGUAUUGGGAAAAGAAAAAAUAUGAAAAUGGUAUUCUAAUCUCAAGAUACUCGAGAAAAUGCAUUUAUAGUGGAGGAGACGAUGUUACUUCCUUUUGGGCUGGAAGAAAUGAUUGAUAUCAAAAGUAAGUUUGACUAAAAUAAAAUGAAAGAAAAAAAAAU